AGCAAGUAUUGAAACUUUGGCCCUCACUUUUUUUGCAUGUGUGGAAAGAUGACUGCUUGUUGAAAUGGAUGAAUUUAGAUUCCAAAGAAGUGAAAAAUGACCGAAGAAUAGCAUCUUUAGACCAUUUGCCACUGAAUUAAAUGAUCACAACUGGGAUCUCAUGCACCCCUCAUAUUUUCUGGAGGACCUUCUCCAGAAGAGAGUUUUACAUUUAAAAGGCCGAGAUGAGUAUAUUUUCUUUUGGAGCUUACUAAGACUAAAUACAUUUUCCAAUAAUGACCAGCUUGAAACGGUCCCAGACUGAAAGGGCUGUUGCCACCGGAAUAUCAGAUGUUACCCCUAAAGUCCAUUCAGAUGACUUUUAUAUGAGACGCUUUAGGUCACAGAAUGGUAGCUUGGGAUCUUCAGUGAUGGCUCCAGUAGGCCCUCCACGCAAUGAAGGAUCACAUCAUCUUACUUCUACACCUGGAGUUCCUAAAAUGGGGGUUAGAGCAAGGAUUGCAGACUGGCCUCCAAGGAAGGAGAAUGUCAAAGAAAACAGUAGAUCAAGUCAAGAAAUGGAUACAUCAAACUGUCUGGAUAGUAUGUCUUCAAAAAGUAGUCCAGGAAGUCAGGGAAGUUCUAUUAACUUGAACAGUAGUGAUUCUGUCAUGUUAAAGAGUAUCCAAAACACACUUAAAAACAAAACAAGACAAUCUGAGAACUUAGAUUCUAGAUUUCUUACACCUGAUGGUUACCACAGCUCUCCAAGAAAAGCUCUUCGUAGAAUAAGACAGCGUAGUAAUAGUGACAUCACCCUAAGUGAGCUUGAUGUAGAUAGCUUUGAUGAAUGCAUCUCACCCAGUUAUAAAUCAGGACCAUCACUGCACAGAGAAUAUGGCAGCACCUCAUCAAUAGAUAAGCAGGGUACCUCAGGCGAAAGUUUUUUUGACUUGUUAAAAGGUUAUAAAGAUGAAAAGUCUGAUCAAAGAGGCCCAGUCACCAGCAAAUUUAGCGAACUCCUUAUAGCUAGUGGAAGUAAAGGUUCUGGAUUUUCUUUGGAUGUGAUAGAUGGACCCAUUACUCAGAGGGAAAACCUUCGAUUAUUUAAAGAAAGGGAGAAACCACUGAAGAGGCGUUCAAAAUCAGAGACGGGGGAUUCUUCGAUUUUUCGCAAGCUGCGUAAUGCCAAAGGUGAAGGAGAUCUUGGAAAGACUUCAGAUCUAGAAGACAGCAGAUCAGAGGAUAGUGUCAAGCCUUGGACUUGCCCCAAAUGUUUUGCCCAUUAUGAUGUUCAGAGUAUAUUAUUUGAUUUAAAUGAAGUGGCAGUUAACCGGCACAAUGUUAUAAAAAGAAGGAAUACAACUACUGGAGCUUCUGCUGCUGCAGUUGCAUCAUUAGCUUCUGGACCAUUAUCCCAUUCUGCAAGUUUUAAUUCCCCUAUGGGUAGUACAGAAGAACUGAAUUCCAAAGGAACUUUAAAUGUGGACCAGGGAGAUGAUAAAAGCAAUGAUCUUGUAUUGAGUUGUCCGUAUUUUCGUAAUGAGAUUGGUGGGGAAGGAGAAAGAAAUAUCAGUCUCACCAAAUCUAACUCUGGAUCCUUUAGUGGCUGUGAAAGUGCCUCUUUUGAGUCUACUCUUAGCUCUCAUUGCACAAAUGCGGGAGUGGCAGUACUUGAAGUACCCAAGGAAAAUCUGGUAUUACACUUGGACAGAGCUAAGAGAUACAUUGUUGAACAUGUGGAUCUCGGUGCAUAUUACUAUCGGAAAUUCUUCUAUCAGAAAGAACACUGGAACUACUUUGGGGCAGAUGAAAACCUUGGUCCUGUAGCUGUCAGCAUCAGAAGAGAAAAACCUGAAGAAAUAAAAGAAAAUGGUUCCCAGUACAGCUACCGCAUUAUUUUCAGGACUAGUGAGCUUACAACAUUAAGAGGUACUGUCUUGGAAGAUGCAAUACCUUCAACUGCAAAGCAUUGCACAGCCAGAGGGUUGCCCUUGAAAGAAGUCCUAGAACAUGUGGUUCCCGAACUAAAUAUACAUUGCCUCAGGUUGGCUUUCAACACACCUAAAGUCACAGAGCAGCUUAUGAAACUUGAUGAACAAGGGUUAAGCUAUCAGCUGAAAGUGGGAAUCAUGUACUGCAAGUCUGGACAAAGCACGGAAGAGGAAAUGUACAAUAAUGAAUCAGCAGGCCCAGCCUUUGAAGAGUUUCUUCAGCUGCUGGGAGAACGGGUUCGACUCAAAGGAUUUGAAAAGUAUCGUGCCCAGCUAGAUACAAAGACUGAUUCAACUGGUACCCACUCUCUUUAUACAACAUAUAAGGACUAUGAAAUCAUGUUUCAUGUCUCCACCAUGUUACCAUAUACACCCAACAACAAACAACAGCUGUUAAGAAAACGACAUAUUGGAAAUGAUAUCGUGACAAUAGUUUUCCAAGAACCUGGAGCCGAAUCAUUCAGCCCAAAGAAUAUUCGUUCCCACUUUCAGCAUGUCUUUGUCAUUGUCCGAGUGCACAAUCCUUGUACUGACAACGUUUGUUACAGUGUUGCUGUGACAAGAUCAAGAGAUGUGCCCUCAUUUGGACCUCCAAUUCCUAAAAGCAUCACCUUUCCUAAAUCAAAUGUAUUCAGGGACUUCUUACUGGCCAAAGUGAUCAAUGCUGAGAAUGCAGCUCAUAAAUCAGAAAAAUUCCGUGCUAUGGCUACUAGAACCCGUCAGGAAUACUUGAAAGAUUUGGCAGAAAAGAAUGUGACAAAUACACCCAUUGAUCCUUCUGGCAAAUUCCCUUUCAUCUCACUUGCUUCUAAGAAGAAGGAGAAAUCCAAACCUCAUCCAGGAGUAGAACUCCAUAGUUCUGGCGCUGUUGUCUGGAUUCUCCAUGCUAAAGACUAUAGCAAGGGCGUAGAUAUAGAUUGUCUUUUGGGCAUUUCUAAUGAAUUUGUUGUCAUAAUUGAACAAGAUACAAAAAGUGUUGUAUUCAAUUGUUCCUGCAGAGAUGUAAUAGGUUGGACUUCAACUGAUACAAGUGUUAAAAUUUUCUAUGAAAGAGGAGAAUGUGUUUCUGUGGAAAGUUUCAAAAACCCUGAAGAUAUCAAGGAAAUUGUCAAAAGACUAGAGCUCGUGACCAAGGGAUGUGAGUCAGUGGAAAUGACUUUACGACGGAAUGGAUUGGGUCAACUUGGCUUCCAUGUGAACUAUGAAGGAAUUGUGGCAGAUGUUGAACCCUAUGGAUAUGCUUGGCAAGCAGGAUUACGACAAGGCAGCAGAUUAGUGGAAAUUUGCACUGUAGCUGUAGCUACUCUAAGCCAUGAGCAAAUGAUUGAUCUCCUGCGAACUUCAGUUACUGUGAAGGUUGUCAUUAUCCCACCUCAUGAAGAUUGUACUCCACGAAGGAGUUUUUCAGAAAUUCACCGCAUGCCAGUGAUGGAAUACAAAAUGAAUGAUGGUGGAGUUCCAUACGAGUUCAAAUUCCCAUUCAGAAAUAAUAACAAGUGGCAGAGAAAUGCUAACAAGGGACAAGUAUCUCAUGUUCAGCAAAUGCCAUCUCAGAUGCAAAGCCCAAUUACCACUAGAGUUGCCUCAGGAAAAAGUGAAGGAAAAAUGCCUCCUCCAGAUCGGGCCGCCAACAUUCCACGCAGUAUUUCUAGUGACGGCCGUCCACUGGAGAGCAGAAGAUUAUCUCCCGGUUCUGACGUCUAUGUCACCGUGUCAUCCAUUGCCUUAGCAAGAUCACAGCAGUGUCGUAACUCUCCAAGUAAUUUGUCAUCCUCGAGUGAAACUGGCUCUGGUGGAGGGACAUACAGGCAGAAAUCUAUGCCUGAAGGAUUUGGAAUGAGUAGAAGAUCCCCUGCCUCCAUUGAUAGACAGAACACAGAUACUAGUGGCAGUGGCAAAUCCACCCCUAGUUGGCAGAGAAGUGAGGACAGUAUUGUUGAUCAGAUGGAAGCAACAUGCCAUCUCCCUGCAGUGUCCAAGGUGUUGCCAUCCUUCAGAGAAAGUCCAACAGGAAGACUGAUGAGGCAGGAUCCAAUAGUUCAUCUAUCUCCAAAUAAGCAGGGCCAUUCCGACAGCCACUACUCCAGCCACUCGAGCAGUAAUACACUGUCCAGCAAUGCUUCCAGUGUCCAUAGUGAUGAGAAGUGGUAUGACAGUGGAGAUAGGACUGAAUCAGAGCUGAAUAGUUACAACUACCUUCAAGGCACUUCUGCCGAUAGUGGCAUCGAUACCACUUCGUACGGUCCCAGCCAUAGUAGUUCAGCCUCUCUGGGCAACUCAGCAACAUCUCCCCGAUCAGGACUUAUAAAAGAAAAAGUGGCAUCACUCUGGCACAGUUCCAGUGAAGUGGUCUCCAUUGCAGAUCGGACUUUAGAAAAAGAGAGCCACAUGAUGGACAGAAAAACAGAAUCUUCAUUGAGCUUGGACAUCCAUACCAAAAGUCAACCAGCCUCCAAUCCUUUAACAAGAGAGAACAGUGCUUUUAGUCUUAGUGAUGCUGUUUCCCAUGCAAGUACCAUGGGUUCCCGGCACUCUGCCAGCUCCAUUGUUUUCACCAGUGCCAGAAGUUCACCUAAAGAAGAGCUUCAUUCUGCCACUUCCCCACAGCUAGCACCUUCUUUCUCCUCUUCCUCCUCUUCCGGUCCUAGAACUUUCUACCCACGUCAGGGUGCUACUAGCAAGUACCUGAUUGGAUGGAAAAAACCUGAAGGGACAAUAAACUCUGUGGGGUUUAUGGAUUCAAGAAAGCGACAUCAGAGUGAUGGUAAUGAAAUGGCACAUCCUAGGUUGCGUGCAUCAGCCAGAGAUCUUCGAGCCUCACCAAAGCGAGCAUCUAAGUCAAAUAUUGAAGAAGAGUUGAAGAAGCUAAUAGAUCUGGACAGCCCAACACCUGAGUCUCAGAAAAACUUUAAG